AUGUUCAAGAAGUUCAACCCGAAGGAGGACGUGUCGAGCUCGACGUCGCUCAAGUCGAGCGUGCAGCGCAACAUCCGCGGCCAGCUGCUGGAGCAGAUGCCGCUCCUGACCAAGCCGGCGUACCGCGAGGGCGGCGCUGAGAAGAAGGAGGAGGCUGCGCCGGCACCUGCCGCUGAGGCUGCUCCCGCCGCGGAGCCGGAGGAGGAGAAGGGCGGCAAGGGCGGCAAGAAGGGAGGCAAGGGCAAGGGCGGAGGCAAGAAGGGCAAGAAGGCCGACAAGGAGCCCGAGGCUGAGGAGGCCGACGAGGGCGAGGUGCUCGUCAUUGACGAGAUCUGGCCCAAGAAGGAGGCUCUCGGUCUGACCAAGUGCUACAAGAUGCGCCCCCUUUUCUUCAACCACUACGACGGCCCGUUCAUCCCGCACCUCCGCCUGCUGCACAAGUAUCCCGACCUCCUGCCGCAGGUGCAGAUUGACCGCGGCGCGAUCAAGUUCUUGCUCGCCGGCGCGAACAUGAUGGCCCCCGGAUUCCUGAGCAAGGGCGGCAAGCUCCCCGACGGGCUCAAGAAGGACGACGUCGUCGCCAUCAUGGCCGAGGGCAAGGAGAGCGCGUGCGGUAUCGGCAAGAUGGUCGCGAGCACCGAGGAGAUCAAGAAGGCUGGCAAGGGCGUCGCCGUCGAGGUUAUCUGCUGGGUUGGGUGA